AUGGUGAUUGAACAGGGGGUGGUUGGGCCCCAAGGGAGGCAACCCCAGAUGGAGGUGAACAACAAGAAGCAGAAUGAGACGGUAAACAGAAAGUGUGUUCAAGGGGUCAUCUUAAAUCUUCAGAGGUCAUACGAUGUGGAAAUUGUGCAAGCCUCACUUUUGGAACUACAGGUUUUGGCCAAGAAGAAUGAAGGUCAUCGUUACCUUGACAACAAAGAAGUCCACCAGUCCAUAAUGACUGCUAUAUCACACCUUGGCUUUAACAAGGACAUACAGAAGUUUGGUUGCGAAGUUCUAGCGGACUUGGUGGAGAGAAUUACAGAUCUCAGUAGAACAUUCUCCCAGUCCAGCACACUAGGGUAG